ACGCGCCCAGGUGGGGCUGCCGGCACCAGCGGCUCCAGCGAGGCUGCAGCCCCGGCGCCCGCGCCGCAGCCAGAGGGGCCGGGACCGUCGGCGGUCCCUGCAACCCGCCUGGGCAGCAUGCCCGUGGCAGAGGAGCCUGGCGCGGAGGAGCCUGGCGAGCUCAGCUUCGAGGACAUGGCUUGGGAGCCGCUGCCCCAGGACCACCACUUCGUGCAUUCGCCGCCGCACCCGGCGGGGCCCUCGUGCCGGCAGUUCAUGAGGCGCGUGCAGCGCGAGUGGGAGAUCCUGCGAAGAGGCUUGCCUCGCAGCAUCUGGGUGCACGUGUACCCGGACCGCACGGAGUUGUUGCGAGCUUGUCUGAUUGGUCCCGAAGGCACUCCAUACUCCGACGCGCUGUUUUUCUUCGACGUCCACUUGCCCGCGGCCUACCCGCAGGUUCCACCACAGGUGAAGUUCUGGUCUUUCGGCGAGAACCUAAACCCGAAUCUCUACGAGAAUGGCAAGGUGUGCCUCAGCCUCCUCGGCACGUGGACAGGCAGGGACUCGGAAACGUGGAGCCCCGAGAGGAGCAACCUCCUGCAGGUCUUGGUCUCCAUCUUGGGCUUGGUGUUGAACACGGAGCCGUACUACAACGAGCCCGGCUUCGAGCGCGAGCGCGACACUCCGCAGGGCGACCUCCGCUCGCAGCGCUACAACGAGUCCGUGGCGCUGUCGAGCUACCACCUCAUGUUAUCGGU